AAUUUUGUGGCAUAGGUGGCCUACUUUCACUCUCUUUCAUAGUCAUAGAUUUUUUUUCUUGUUUGGAAAUAUUUGAACAUUGUCGGUGUGUUGUGUGAAAGGCCAGCAAACACUGAAGGCAACUUUGGCUCAAAGUCUUACUAAACAAGUGUCAUGUGUUAACUUAAACAGGGAGGCAAGAACAAAAGUAACUCCCUUAAAUUACAAGAAAAAAAAACACUUGUGCUCUUGAAUUGCAAAAUUAGGCUUACCACCUCUCAUAACAUCCUUAUACAAAAACAUUAUAGCCAUUUAUAGCCUGUUACUGUUACUGUUGGAGGGCUAAUUGUAGGCUACUGUCUUUUCCCCCCCCUCUUUUCUGUUGUUGUAUUGUUAUUUGGAAUAUGAGCCACUCCCAAAUGAUAUAGCCUAACACAAUUCAGAUAUUUUUAUAACUAGGCUAAUGUUUUCCCGUCCUCUGUAGCCUCCCAUAGACUAUGCAACAUGUACAGAAAUAGAAAAGCAGAACGGUCUGGUUGUUGUCAUUACUGCUUUUUUUUCCCGAGGAUGUAAGAAUUUUUCUUUAACUGAUGGCUGAUGUUUUAUUUUGGAAAAAGGCUAUUUUUAGUUGUAUAGCCUACUGUGAAAAAGCAGGACCCCUUGAUAGCCUAUCGUGUAAACGUAAGCAAUUUUAUCACUAUUUGAUAGUCUGCAAUUCAUACCCUUAACGUGAUAUGUACACUGAUAUUCACACUUUGUUGCUAUACCAAGGUCAAUACAGACUAAAACUAUUAUUUUUAGCUACAGUCUAUGGUCAAUACGUAGCCUACAGUGUUAGUUAAGGACACAUGAUUUCCUCUGCUACCUGAACUGAAGCCGCAGGACUGGAGCAAAAGAACAUGCCAUGUGUGUACGUCAUAGUGUGACGUGUGAGGUUUCCAAUGAAUGAGCCGCUCGAGAGGAAAGAGCAUAGGAGCCUUACGGUCAGCGCGUUGUGUGUGUGAGAGAGAGAGAGAGGGUCGUUUUGAAAUGCUGUGAGGCGGGUUUUCUUUCUUUCGGACGCAAAUAUUGCGAUAACAACAAAAAAGAAAAUAAUUUCCAAAUCACCUUGAAAAGCACAAUGGCACGAGGAGAGGGCGCCGAGCAGUACGCAGCCACUUUACUAGUCAAACCUAUAAAUACAGAAGUCAAGACGGCAAAGCCACAGGACCUGAGAAAUCGUCUGUCUGUGUGGAACAAGCUGUGCUAUGCCAUUGGCGGGGCUCCCUACCAGAUCACAGGCAGUGCUCUGGGCUUCUUCCUCCAGAUCUACCUGCUAGAUGUUGCUCAGCUGGAUCCCUCCAAUGCCUCCAUCAUCUUGUUUGUGGGCCGAGCCUGGGACGCUAUCACAGACCCCACAGUGGGUUUCCUAGUGAGCAGAAGUAGAUGGACCGGCAUCGGCCGCAUGAUGCCGUGGAUCAUUUUCUCUACUCCGUUUGCAGUGCUGACUUACUUCCUGAUCUGGUAUGUGCCUCCUUUUGAGCAAGGGAAGGUUAUCUGGUACCUGGUCUUUUACUGCCUCUUCCAGUCAAUGCAGACGUGCUUCCAUGUGCCAUAUUCAGCCCUCACCAUGUUCAUCACCAAAGACCAGAAAGAGCGGGACUCUGCCACUGCUUAUCGUAUGAUGGUGGAGGUGCUCGGCACAGUUCUGGGCACCGCAAUCCAGGGCCAGAUAGUUGGAGGCUCCUCAAAUUGUCCCAAUGAGCCUGAUACUUCAGGCAGCAAUAACUUCACAGAUAUCUACUUAUCAAAAGCAACACUGGAUGAGACAAAACAAUCUUACCUGAUAGCUUCAGGGGUCAUCUGCAUCAUCUACGUCCUUUGUGCAGCGGUUAUGUUUUUCGGUGUGAAAGAGCAGAAAGAAAGCAGGAGGAAAAAAACUGAGCCCCUCAGCUUCAGUCAGGGCCUAUGGAUGGUGAUUAGCUACGGCCCGUACAUCAAACUGGUCAUCGGCUUCCUCUUCACCUCUCUGGCCUUCAUGCUGCUGGAGGGAAACUUUGCCCUUUUCAUCACCUAUGCUCUCGGCCAUCGGAGUCACUACCAGAAUAUUCUCCUGGUCAUCAUGCUAUCAGGGGCUCUAACCAUCCCGUGGUGGCAGUGGUUUUUGACCCGGUUUGGUAAGAAGAUGGCAAGUUACUGGGGCAUCUCGUGGGCUAUACCCUUCAUGAUCGUAAUCGUUUGCAUCAAGAGCAAUCUGAUCAUCUCCUACCUUGUCUCAGUGGCGGCAGGUGUGAGCGUAGCUGCAGCUUUCCUGCUGCCUUGGUCAAUGCUUCCUGAUGUAGUAGACGACUUCAAGGUUAAAAACCCAGACAUCCAUGGCCAUGAAGCCCUCUUCUACUCUUUCUAUGUGUUCUUCAUCAAGUUUGCCUCAGGAGUAUCUCUGGGUGUAUCUACACUCAGCUUAAAAUUUGCAGGCUAUGUGACCGGGAGCUGCACACAACCUGAGGCGGUCAGUUUAACCCUGAAGGUGCUGGUCUCUCCGGUGCCUGUGGUUCUUAUUAUCCUGGGACUGUUGAUACUUAAAACAUACCCGAUCGAUGAGGAGAGAAGGCAGGGCAACCAAAAACUACUGCAGGAAAUGCUGGACUUGGAAGCGGAUUCAGAGUCUGAAACUUUAGCCCUGGGAAGCAACGUUUAGCAGGGAGCACGAGUCAACUGCCCUAGAUGCUUCAUGUGUUUGCACAGACUGUUGAGGGACAAACCACCACCAAGUAUCUGGACUAACAGAAGAGGGAGCACAGACCAGCACCGCUGCUCCAACUGCACCAGCGUAGACUGGAUUCCUGCAUCGGAUCACACAGGUUUACAUUGCCCUCUAGUGGCCUACCAGUGUCACUACGUGUGUGAUUCAGUAUUUUCUUUUGGCCUUUACCUCAGCUGUGUCCCAAUUUAACUGCAUCUACAAAAACUUAAAAAAAGCCAAAAUGAAAGGCAGGCGUCUGUUCUUCUACAUUUAAACAGGUUUUAAAUAAAGCACAGCACUUGGAUCGGUUCUUAUUCUAACCGAAAUGGGUCUAACCACUAGACUAGUCAGUUUAACCUGAUCACUUUCUCAUUCAGAUGAGGAUAAGGCAGGUUUGUGUUCAACACCUCGUCCUAAGUGUACAACUAAGACUCAUAGGGGGGUGGUCAUUCUUAUGUUGAAGGAUUUUUUUCAAAGGUGUAUUGUUUACAGAGAUGUUCAUGUAGCCGUCUAGUAUAAUAUUUACUUGACUGGUUGCUAGUGCCUCCGUUAUUGUUUUUGUGCUUUGCAUUGUGGGACACUAGUACUCAUACAUUACUUGUAGUGUGAAUGCACUAAACUGAACACUUUGCUAGAAUUGGGGCACAGAUUGUGAUUUGUGGUAUUGUUUAAGAAGGCCAGUUUAUGAGAUCAGACCUUCACUUGUGCAAACUGCAGUGUGGCGUUACCUCUGAUGUUUACAUGCUGAAAAAUGUCAGCCCUUGAUUAUAUAGGGCAUACCAGCACUAAAAUUGAAGCUGUAUAGGGCUGUGCUACAAUUUCUACUCUUCCUUUGGUGUGAUUUUUCCUGAAGAUCACUUUAUGAAGGAAAUAACUUGAAGUUAACUUGAAUCUUCUGAAGGUUGUACGAUGUACUGUAUGUAGGCUGAGUUACACAAACAUAUCGUUUGUAAAUAGUUGCGUCAAGAUUCUCUCAGAUUUUCUGGGUUAUUUUUAUUUUUGCCACAGAGACAGGUUUCCAAUCACACUUUUGUGUGCUUGAGUAUUUCAGUCACUCUCUAUGAUGUUUAAAGACAUUUCUGAAUGUGCUUUCAAAAUCAAAUUCAGUAUGAGGUCUCUUCACCGAGCACAUUCUCACUUCCCAAGGGAAGAAAAAUGCUUUAUUUAACUAUUUAUUUAAAUAAACUAUUUAAGGGAUGAUAUGUUUCUGAUAAAAGCACAUGUAUAUAAUAAUGCAGUGACGGUGGCUGGUUGUUGAUUAAACAGCCUAAGAAAAGGAGAUAUGAUAAUCUGCUGCGAUGUGAAAAACCAGCUGCCUUCAUGACUCUCAGAAUCAGCAUGCCAAACAAAGUUGAUUCUGGUGUAAAGUACGCUGGAUACAUUUGUCCUCACUUGAAGGUUUGAUCGUAUAUCCUUACGGUUAAGUUAUGAAAAAACGUAAUAUAUUCUGAGGGCUGUUGAAGUUGCACUUACUGGUCUGAAUGAUGCACAUUGCACACGCUCCUAGUGUUUAUAUGCUGCUAUGUGUAUAAUAUGUAAAUAUGAUUAUUUUCUAAGUUGGCCCUUCAUAAGCAGUACAGUUUAAAAAUCAGUUAAGAGAAACUCAUGUGUUGUACAUUUGUAAUUUUAAGUUUGUAAAUAAAGUUUGUCAAAACAGAUACAA